UGACAAAACCUGUCACUUUUCCCCAAAUAAAAAUGCCAGAUUUUGAGUGUCACGUACUGAUAACUGGUGAUAAAACAGCAACAUGUCCGAUUCUAUUGUUGUGGUCGGUUCUUGCAUGAUUGACUUUGUUAGUUACGCCGCCCGUUUGCCUAAAAAAGGCGAGACCAUACAUGGCACCAAAUUCGUUACUAAUUUCGGGGGCAAGGGGGCCAACCAGUGCGUGGCUGCGGCGAAACUCGGGGGUAAAACCACCCUAAUUGCUAGGGUUGGGGACGAUGUAUGGGGUGAAAGAUACAUUGCUAAUUUGAAAAAUCAAAAAGUUGAGACCAAAUACGUGAAACAAACGCCGAAUUUUUCAAGCGGAAUCGCCCAAAUCACAGUUUCUGAAACGGGAGAUAAUCAAAUUGUGAUUGUGGCAGGUGCUAAUAAAGAACUGGGUAUUGGAGACGUCGAAAUGGCCAAAAGUGACAUAGCCUCGGCCGGUGUUGUGGUCAUGCAGCUGGAAACCGCGCCUGAGGUUGCCAUAAGGGCUAUGGAGUUGGCAAAAGGGAUAUGCAUUUUGAAUGGGGCGCCUGGUUUGAGACAAUACGACCCUAGAUUGCUCAAACUACCGACAAUUUUUUGUGUUAAUGAGACAGAAGCGUCUGAAUUUACAGGACUACCGGUCACAACCAAACAAGAGGCAGAAGCGGCCGCACACCACCUAAUAUCCAAAGGUUGCAACAGUGUGGUUUUAACCCUAGGUGCCGAGGGGGCCUUGUAUCUUGAAAGAAAUUCAAAUUGUGUUUUUCUUACAUGUCCUGCCGUCCAAAGUGUUGACUCAACAGGCGCCGGCGAUGCUUUUAUCGGUGCCUUGGCUUAUCUCCUGGCAAAUAACCGCAAACUUCCGAUGGAAAGUAUCCUCAAAAGUGCUUGUUUCAUCGCUUCGGACAGUGUCACUCGAUCGGGGACACAAAUCAGUUUCCCGGGGCAGGAAAUUUUAAGCAGAUGUACUUAAUUCACACGUUUCAAAUUCGUUGUAUAUUUUUCAAAUAAACUAAACGUUCCACUUGAAAA